GCAAAAUAAAGGUUGAGCAGACACAGGGUGAAGAACUGCAGGCAGACUGGAAAACAAUACAGGAGCCAGAACGGCAAAGGCUGAAGCUGGUUUGCUUGAACAACAUUUUUAAAGUAGAAAGAGAAUAGUGUCGUCCUCAAAGCCGACCAGAGCAAACACAGAAAGAGAAAAACACUCUGGUAGCUGAAGCGCUUGUGUCCGUAGUGCAGAACCAACCAGAGCUGCAGGUAAACAAACACGAAGAGCAGCGAAUACAAAACCGUGUAGAGAACCGUGAGACCGAGCUGCACAGACGGGGGAACCGCAGCCUGGAUCAGUUCGGCGGAGGAUGAGUCCGUCCAAACACUGACACUGACCUGGUUUUCUAGUAAAAACAACAUAUCGACGGGAUGCUCGCUAUCACGUCGACUUAUCCACAACGCUCUACCGUAUUCCUUCCCAUGAAACUUUUCAUGCAGACGUUUUGAAAUUAGGAGCAAUUGAAUAACGUCAAACUUAAUUACAAAUGACAUAUGAGCUGAAAAUGAAAAACUACAGGCUGCCCUAAGUUGUUGUCGUAUGGAAUAAACUUUAAAGCAAUUCUCGGAUGUUUAUAAGCAAGAUGUGGAAAACAAACAAUUAAAAAAAACAGCAGAGUCCCCAAUCUCUGCAAGGCAGCUCCCUCCGAGCUAAGAAAAAACAACUCUAGCGCUAGAAAAGAAGCGAUCAGCUGGCUAGCGUUGCUGCUCUGGCCCCGCCUACUGACCAAUGAGAAAAGGCUAGAAUCUGACGCGGUUCUGUCGCCAUGUUGGCUCUCGGUUGAAUAGUGCUGAAUGGAAAAAUUCUGUUACAUUCGAGCCAAAAUGAGAGGCUUUUCAAGUACGUUCGCCGAAAAGCAAUUUACACUGCCGCCUACUUUUUUGAGAGACCAAUCAUUUGUCUUUUGGGUGUCCUGCCUCUGGAGUUCUACAUUUUUAAUUUUCAGAGUAUCGGCAUUGUUGUUUUUGAAAUAAUGCUUGGACGUUUGCGCAUGUUGUUUUUGUGAGCUUGCAGUGGUUACAUUUGUAAGAUUUUAUUUUAAUAGCUAACAUAACAGUAUGCAAAAUAAUUGGAUAAUUUGUUUAUAAAUUGACGGGUGUACAAAGCUGUGGUUUAUGCAUGCAAUGCAUGUUUUGUAAGAAAGGAAUGAAAAGCAAAUAAGUAUAGGGGAAGAAAUCCCCAAAUCUCUGCAAGGCAGCUCCCUCCGAGCAAAGAAAAACAACUCGUAAAAAAAAAAAAAGCGAUUAUCAAAUGCGAUCACGCGUACUGGCCAAUAGGACGAAGCUGGAAACCAACGCGCUUUAGUCGCCAUAUUGUCUCUCAGUUGAAAUAGCGGUGGAUAGAAACAGGCCGUUACAUUGGAGCCAAAAUGACAGGCUUUUCAAACGACUUUCGCCGCUGAGCCAUGAGCCCUCCGCCUACUUAAUUCUCAUUGGUUUUCGCACUGGACAUCUUUGUAUUUUUAGCUUUCUGAUUGGUGUUCAGCUCACCGUUAAACCCUCCCCACAAAUUUAAAUGGACAACGUCUGCGCAUGUUGUUUUAGUGUUCGAGGAUGUAAAUUUUCAGUACUUAGAUUUGUAACACUGACCGGUAAACAUUAACCUAUUGGAUUUUGUAUAGUCAAAAUGACUAUAUAUAUUUUUUUAAUAGGUUGCCCUUAAAAAUUUUAUUUGUUAGGGUAUGACUGAUGCAUUUAGUAGCACAGCCCAGGCGAGUUGUUUUGACUGAAUAUGGAUAUAUUCUUUGUGUACCAGUUUUUACUGGGCUCAUCCUUAAUAUGAACUAAUGUAAAUGGAUGUAAGUUAAAGGUUCAUUAAGUAGGCACCAUGUGCAUCGUCUAUUUGAUUGCGUUUUUAUUUAGCCUAACAUCAGAGCAAUGUUCCUCCAAACUGAUAGAAGAUUCCAGUCAGAGCUUCAUGGAGAGGAUGCACACAGGGAAGACGUCCUUUAUAUACUUUGGAAAUCAUGUCAAUCCAACCAUCAAACUGUUCAUGGAGCAGCUUGAGAUGUCAGCUGAUGCCCUACAGGACUAUGGAAUAUCUGUUGUGAAGGUGAACUGUUCUGAAGAUGCUAUAGCAAACUACUGCACAGGAGAAAAGCUAAUGACCAAGGCAUAUUUGUUCAGAGGCUCUGAGGUCCUGAGGAGUUUCGACAUCGAUACCGUAUUUGACGUCAAUGCAAUUGUUUCUCAUGUGCUUUUCUCUGUCCUCUUCAAUGAAGUCCGUUAUGUGCACACACCUGCUGAGCUGCUGCGUGUGGAGAGCGCGGCCAAACAAAACAGUGACAUUGUGGUCGGUCACAUACCAGUGCUUGGCCUUCCAGAGCACCGAGCUUUGAUGGAGGCAGCGUUUGUGUAUGGAACCAAAUACCAGUUUGUCCAGACGACUGGCACUUUGGUUCUAAAACAUAUGGGGGUCGUCGAUCCCUCUUCCUCUCAAGCAUGGCUGUGGUUUCUGCACUGUAAAGGUGUGUCCAGGCGGUCUGAUCCGUGUCCCAGCAUUCCAAUGAGGAAACCACUCAACACCAUCAACAUACACACCUUCCUGCAACUGAUGGAAGCCCCUCUAGUGACAGAGGCAGUGCUGGACCCGUCUGACGUAGAUGUGGUUCAUAUGCACCUCGGUGUGCCCGUGCUGUAUCUGUUUUCUCAGCUACAAACCCAGCAGCUGGACUGGGCCACCGCUCAAACUCUCGCCCUGCAGCUCCGCGGGGAGGUCGGAGUAGUGGUCAUUCACAGGGACGGUCCGAACGUGAAAACUUCGCUGAAAUACAACGCUGCUUACAGACUCCCACAGGAGGAUGUGAAAUAUUUUACCCUGAAUAGCGCUGAAGGGGUUGUGAAACUUUUCAAAGAAGAACUUUUGCAAGAACACAAGUUCGAAGACGAAGAGGAAGAUGAGGAACAUUGGUCAGAUCUUGAUAUUCUCGAUGAUGAGGUGUCCGAGUCUGUGUACAGAGACCGUGAUCUUAUGCUGGAUUUGGAGUCUGUUAUUGAGCUCACUUCAGACACUUUUCAAAUAACAGUCACACAGAAUGAUAUCACAGUGGUGCUGUUCUAUUUUAAAUGGGAUGCUGUCUGUAUGGCUUUCAUUCAGUCAUAUAUAGAGGUGGCGGAUGCACUUGAAGGUAUGAAUGGGGUAAAGUUGGCGGCAGUAAACUGUGGCGAAUGGACUGACAUUUGCAGUGAUCACAAUGUCACUUCCUUCCCCACCGUUCUGAUCUACCGGCCCAUGGCUGCGGCUCAGCUCUAUAAGGGAAUGCUGGGAACCAAGAGCCUACACAGGUUCAUACUACUGAGUCUGGUCUCCAAUCCUUACCUUCUCUCCUCCUCUGCUGAGGUGAUGUCGUUCUUGGAGGGAGAUUUGUACAGUAAACAUAUGUAUCUGACCCCUGUCAGGGUGCUGGGCCUUUUCAGUUCAACACAUGACAUGGGUGUAACUUCAUUUGAAGAAGCUGCAAGACUCCUCAGAGGAGAGACAAUUCUUGGGCUGUUUGCCCACAAAGAGGCAGAGCAAUGGGUGGAGGGACUGUCAGUAAACCUGCCUGCUCUACUGGUGUCCCGCAGCCCUGGAGUUCCUUAUGAGGUCUAUUCUCUCCCAUCAUCCUCACCAACGGACCUUGUCUCACUUAUAAAACAAGUGGAGCUGGAUCGUUUCCCUGAACUGACCGUGGAGAAUCUUCCAUGGUAUUUGGAGCUUGGGAAACCUUUGCUGCUGCUUUUUAUCGGAAAGGAGGACAGUACAGAGAGUAUGAAGGCUUUAGCAGAGAUAAAGCAACUGCUGAGCUCUGGACAGCUGGAUUCCUUCCUGCCAUGUUGGAUCCAUCUAGGUCGGACACCUGUCGGGAGGUCUAUCCUGGAAAAGUAUCUUGGCUUUGUACCUCCACUUCCUGUUUUGGUGAUGUCACGGUUAAAAACUGGAGAAGAGGUGUUCCUUUUCCCCCCAGAGCGCCCCCUAAUGGCUAAGAACAUCCUUCAGUGGAUUCACGAUGUGGAAAACGGACAGGAACAACCAGCAGGCUUGAUCCCAGAUGGGAAAUGGGGCCCUCCUGUGCCAUUCUUUGACUUUCUGGCAAUAAUGGACCAAGAAGCACCGACUUACGCAGCUCAGAGGGCUCCUAAAAUGAAGACUGGGGGCAGGGAAGACCACAGAGAGCAGAAGCAUGGGACCCCAAACCAAAGACAAACCCCACAUCCAUCACCAAACCCCCAAGCACCUCGCCAGCACUCUGAACUAUAAGUCCUCUCAUGGCACAGAAGGUUAUGUAAGCAAUUCACAUGACUGCUUGACAUCUGUUAGAUUUUACAUUACGUGUGACGUUAACAUCUUCAGUGCUAUUAGCAGAAAUGUGUGUAUAUCAGAACAUGGGUAUCACACAUUUUCCAACUUAUUUUUCACAAAUCGAAUGGACUUUUCCUAAAUUAAAUCAAGCUAGUUUACAUUUUAGUGCUGUAACUUUAUACUGUAUACACAGAGUGUGAUAUUUAAAACCUGAAAAAUAUCUACAAGAAUGUAUUUAUUUAUCCAACGCAUUUAUCUAAAUGUUUUUGAGAGACUGUAUUAUUCCGAUUCCUACAGUGCCUGUUUGGUAAUGUUUUUAUACAAAUACAGAGCUUCACAUAUGGAUGACAUUUGUAAAUUUGUACAUUGUCUGUUGUUUCAGUCAUGGAAGAACAGCAGCUGAGUUUUUUUUACCAUAUCGUGCUGCUUUCAUGAUGGAAAGACUAACGUCAAACCUGAAAGAGGCUGCAUCUUUGGUUGAUUGCAUUGUUAAAGUUAAUUAGCGAGGGAAGAACUACUUUUUAAUUCAAACCAUAGUUACCAAACGAGCCCCCCCGUCUUUUGUGUGCUGCCGGGAUCUGUAUCCAGUAUUUAAACCCUAAUGCAGAUGUUUUUGGGAACUUUUUAAAUACCAAUUUUUUUGGCAAUGAAAUGCGAUCCCAAUAUGUGGUUGGUGCACAUGCGUUUUCACGUGAGCAGAAAUGUUCAUAUAUACACACACCCAUGUGAAGGUCAUUAUAUAGGAUAAGCCUGCAUGGAAACUCCAUAAGCAUGCUAGACCUCUGUUUACAGUAUCUGUGCUAUGUCCUCUCAUGAGAUCUCUGACUUCUGCAAUGAACAUCAUUUCAGCAGUUAGUUGAGUCUCAUUUGAGUGUUUAUAUGUGACCCUGGAGCACAAAACCAGUCAUAAAUAUGCAUUGCUAAGGACUUCAGUUGGAC